CGCCAAAAUGAAACAAUAACUGAAUGCCUUCUUGUUUCUUUUAAACUUUAAAGGGAAGAAGUUAUUUCAUGUCAUCUUUUUAAUUCGUUUAAUUACGGUUUAGUGAUCAAUAUUAAUUACUUGGUUUGUUUUUAUUUGUUGUGCGUCAACACACACAUUCUAGUUUUACCGGUCAUAUUUUUAAACUCUAGUGCCUUUUAUAUUUUUAAGUGAUUUUAUUGUAAUCCUUUUCUGGCAAACAUGGAUGUUGCUGACACCGUUAUUGGUCAAACAAUUCAAGUUAAAGAUGAUUUAGGAGAAAAGGUUCAAAAAUUAUUCAAAGAUUUUCUCUCUGUCUACUCUGAUGACCCUGAUUCAGAAAAACCUAAAUAUGCUGCUGAAGCAUAUAAUUUACUUUCUCCUGAUAGAAGCACUCUAUACGUUUCUUUUGAAGACGUUCAAAAAUUUGAUCCUGCUCUUUAUUCAACCAUCCUUGAAUUUUAUUAUCGAGUUUACCCUUUCUUAUGCAGAGCUCUGGUCAGCUUUGUCAAGGAUGAAACUCUUCGAGAUAAGGAUGAUGUUGAGGCCAAACAAAUACGAGAUGUGUUAAAAAAAGAUUUAUUCAUUGGAUUUUACAAUGUUGCCUUACAAAUGAAAAUACGAGAAUUGAAAGCUGUUUCUGUAGGUGCCUUGAGAAGAAUCACAGGUCAAAUUGUUAGAACACAUCCAGUCCACCCCGAACUUAUCAAUGGUACGUUUGAGUGUCUUGACUGUGGAACCGAAAUUCCCAAUGUUGUACAACAAUUCAAAUUUACUCAGCCCGUCAUCUGCAGAAAUAAUUUAUGUGCCAAUAGAUCCCGAUUCAAGUUGGUGUUACACAAGUCACGGUUUGUUGAUUUUCAAAAACUUCGGAUUCAAGAAACUCAAGCUGAAAUACCUCGAGGUAGUAUGCCAAGGAGUUUGGAUGUUAUUUUUAGAGGAGCUGAACAAGUUGACUGUGUUCAAGCGGGUGAAAGGUGUGAUUUUAUUGGAUGUUUGAUUGUUGUUCCUGACGUUUCUCAAAUGUUCACCGCUCAAGCUGGAGCUGUUAAAACAGAAAGUCGGUAUAAUAAUAAUAAAAGUAAUGCUACUUUAGGGGACGGAGUCUCUGGAUUAAAAAAUUUAGGAGUCAAAGAGAUGACCUAUAGGCUUGCCUUUUUAGCAAACUGUUGUGUCAGAGAAGGUAGCAUUAUUCCUGCUGCUAUGGAGGAAUUGCAGAAAGUUGAAGAAGAAAAAUUUCGAGACACAAACCACUUGCGUGACUCGGAUCUCGAAGAAAUCGAAGCAAUGGCUGCUGACAAAAGACUGUAUGAUGGUUUAGUUGCGAGUUUAUUUCCGUCUAUUUAUGGUCAUGAAGAUAUUAAGAGAGGAUUACUAUUGCAACUUUUUGGAGGUGUCGGUAAAUUUACAGAAGAAGGAACUCAUCUGAGAGGAGAUAUUAACAUUUGCAUGGUUGGUGACCCAAGUACAGCUAAAAGUUGUUUCCUUAAAUUGAUAACAGAUUCUGCUCCAUUAAAAGCCGUAUACACUAGUGGUAAAGCAUCAACUGCCUCUGGUUUGACUGCCGCUGUGGUUCGAGAUGAAGAGGGUGGUUUUGUCAUCGAGGCUGGAGCAUUGAUGUUGGCUGAUAAAGGUAUCUGUUGUAUUGAUGAAUUUGAUAAAAUGGAUAUUCGAGAUCAAGUUGCUAUUCACGAAGCUAUGGAACAGCAAACUAUCAGUAUCGCCAAGGCAGGAGUUAAAGCUACUUUAAAUGCUCGAACUUCUAUAUUAGCUGCUGCUAACCCCAUCGGAGGUCACUAUGAUCGGUCUAGAAGUUUGAGAAAUAACUUGUCUCUAUCUCUUCCUAUUAUGUCCAGGUUCGAUCUUUUCUUCGUUUUAUUAGAUGAAGCGAAUGAGAGAACUGAUUAUGAAGUUGCUCGUAAAAUUGUUAAUAUGCAUGCAAAUGCAUUUGACGCUGUUGAUGCUAGCGAAGCUACAACUUACACCUUAGAGCAAGUUAAAAAGUACAUUAAGGCAGCCAGGAAAAUUGUUCCAAAGAUAACACCAGAAGCUGAACAUGAAAUGGUUGAAACUUACAAAAUUUUAAGAGGUGAUAAAGGUGCCCUUUCAACUGGAUUUGCUGGAAGUGCCAAACAAUCAUGGCGAAUUACAGUUCGUCAAUUAGAAUCUCUGGUUCGACUAUCUGAAGCUUUGGCAAAAUUACAUUUUUGCCAUGAAGUUACAGUGGCUCAUGUUAAAGAAGCCGCUCGUUUACUCAAUAAAUCAAUUGUACGUGUUGAACAACCUGAUAUCUCCCUAAUGGAUGAGACCACUACAGCUCAGGGCGAGGAUGGUGAAAUGGAUACUGAGUCGACGGAACCUGUUCAAAAUGGUCAACCUAGUGGAUUUGCUAACCUUUCUAUAUCUUAUGAUGAAUUUAUGAAAAUGGCCGCAGCAUUUGCCACAAAAUUGAGACAAGAAGAAGAAGCAAGAGCUGCUAUGCAAAGAGAAAGAGAUGAAGCAGAAGAUGGUGGAGGAACGGAUGGUCAAGAACGAAUGGAUGCUGAGCAAGAGGGAGAAGAAGUGCGACCAUCACAAGAUGAAGAAGUAUACGAAGGAAUGCCAAAGUCUAAAUUGAUCGAAUGGUACUUAGAAGGACAAGAAUACGAAGAUGAAAUCGAAUUGCUUUCUAAGAAACAAUUAUGUGAAAAAGUUAUUCAUCGCCUUGUAAACAUUGAUAGAAUUUUAUUCGCAGCAAAACCUACCCCAGAAUCAGAUUCUGAUGAUGAUCCAUUUUUAUUUGUUCAUCCUAAUUACAUUUGUGAAGAUUGAUUCACUAAAUUACUGAUUUUUAAUUAAACCAUCAAAAUUGAAAGAUGCCAAAAAUAAACUGUCCUUUUUAAAAAUGC